GAGUGACACAUGUGCAUCGCAUUGGGCGACCUUGCCGUGAGAGCUGGGCGCUCAGCGCUGACCGCGCCGUCGUUUGAUGAUACAUGUAGGUCAUGUCAGGUGUAUCAUAGAAUUACUACCUCCAUGGGUGUAUUAACGCCUUGCAAUUGCUUCUUUUGAAAUGGCGGUCGUUUUAAAAAGACUUAUUGCUGUUCAGGUUUCCAAGGCGACUGGUUUGACUGAAGAGAGCAUUCUGCCAUUGAUAUCCCCACUUCCUGUUACCAAGAAAAGGAUUGUUCUGGAGUAUGGUUUGAGUGUGAAACCCCUGUUUCAGAAGCAUGUGUCACCAGGCAGUACACCGUCGGGGAAAGGCUUGCAAGAGUUUGCAGAGAAAAUUGCUUCCAAGAUGACCUGCCCUGCUCAUGUCCAUCACGUCAAAGUUGCGAGCAACGGAUUGGUCAAAUUUCAUGUGAGUCCGUCCAUGAUGGCCCAAAAAGUCCUGGAGCAAGUCCAGCUUGAAGCUGACCGGUACGGGGUGACGCCAGAGCCAUGGACAGACAUGCAGAGACAGAGGAUGAUUGUGGAAUUUAGUUCUCCCAAUAUUGCCAAGCCAUUCCACGCAGGUCACCUGAGGUCCACGCUGAUUGGUAACUGCGUCGCUAAUCUGCAUGCUGCCAUGGGCCACGACGUAACAAGGAUGAACUUUCUCGGGGACUGGGGAGUGCAGUUUGGAUUGUUGGGUGUCGGUUUCCAGCGAUAUGGAAGCGAGGAGGAACUAGCCCAGAAUCCCAUACAGCAUUUGUUUGAUGUGUACGUACGGGUCAACGAGGAAGCCAAAUCUGACCCAAGGGUUCACCAAGAAGUACAGGAAUUCUCCCAAGCUAUGGAUAAAGGAGACUCCAACUGCCUUGGUCUAUGGAGGAGAUUCAGAGAUUUAAGCACCUUGGAAUAUUCAGCAACUUAUAAGAGGUUAGGUAUAGCCUUUGAUGAGUAUGCGUGGGAGUCUCAGUAUGGAGAGAAGGCACACAGUCUGCUAAGAAUACUCAAAGAUAAAGGCUUGCUUGUACAGUCCGAAGAGGGAACUGGUAUCGUUGAUCUCCACGACUUGAGCCUACCCCAAUCUAAGUUCGCCACGUUGUUAAAAAGCGACGGAACUACUCUGUACCUGACCAGAGACAUCGCCGCUGCCAUCGACCGUUACGAGACACACCGCUACGAUGGGAUGUACUACGUGGUGGAUAAGAGUCAGGAGGGGCAUUUCUGUCAGCUGAGAGGAGUGCUGAAGAAGAUGAACCUCGACUUGGCUGACAGGUGUCACCACAUCAAGUUUGGCCGAGUGCUGGGUAUGCAGACAAGGACGGGCAAUGUGGUGUUACUCAGAGAUAUCCUUGAUGAAGCUAGGAAUCGUAUGCUGCACAACAUGCACGAGACAGCAUCAAGCAAGCAGUUGGAUAAUCCUGAGGAAGUCGCCGAGCAGUUAGGGGUGUCCGCAAUGAUCGUUCAGGAUCUCAGGGGUAAACUGAUGAAUGAUUACCGCUUCGACUGGAAUCGCAUCCUGACAAGCCAGGGUGAUACGGGUGUGUUCCUGCAGUACACACAUGCCAGGCUCUACAGUAUUGAGCAAUUAUCGGGUGUGUCCCUGGAUCCCUCCUGUGAUACCUCUACCUUGACUGAACCCGAAGCCAUUCUACUUGCCCAUCAUUUAAGUCUCUUCAGUACUGCCGUCACCAAAGCGCACUCUUCCAUGGAGCCCAGUCACCUCACAGUCUACCUACUACAACUCUGCCACUUUGCAUCUUCCGCAGUAAAAGUCCUGCGAGUGAAAGACGCAGAUAAGCAACAAGCAGAGGCACGGCUUCUACUUUUUAAUAGUACCAGACAGGCCCUUGCCAAUGGAAUGAAGAUUCUCGGUAUAACACCACUCAAGCAUAUGUGAUUUUUGAAGAUUGGGAUGAUUGAAGAAACUGGUGAAGGUAGAUCGCCCCAGCAUCUCCAUUUGUAGUUGAUUUAAAAACAAGUGUGAUUGCAUAAUAAGCUGUGGUCGUGUUGCAGCAGUCUUGCAUGAAAGUCUGACCUGAAAUCGAUCAAAAUGAUGCCGGCCAUGCAGAGCUCAAAAAUGUGAUGCCGGAAAAUGCGACACUGAUGGCACAUAUGGAACACCAUACUUUUGGUCAAUUUUCGGGGACAGACAGACAGACCGACCAGCAAGUGACAUGCAGAAGCUCAUGCCUGAGCUUAAAGAAUGCCUGAAAUACCAAAUGCCAUAAUUUAAUAUGUUAAAAAGAAUUGUCAUUAUGUGCAAGCUUUGGCGACGCAUGACGCUCAUGCGAAGACGCUUAGUAAACUGUGGCACGUUCAUGAUAAAACAUGAUGUGCAUAUACUAGUACAUUACAGUAUGCACACGUGGUGAGAUGUGUCCCGUCUGCACGGGUCUCUCAAAAUGGUGUCCCGUCUGCACGGGGCUCUCAAAAUGGUAAUUAAAAAACGCCCUCUUUGUUGGUGUACUGUGUUUAUUUUAAAGAAGAGGUGGUUAUGAGAACCAGGGAGAUUAAACAUUUACUUGUUACUUUACAUUCAACAUGUUCUAUAUAAUUGGUAAAAAUUGGUAAUUGUCAAAAGAUUUCUAACUUUGGGCAAAAGCAGAGACCGUACACGGGAGAAGCCAAAAAGAAAUGGAAUGCACCUUUUCCUGAAGGAAAUUACACUAUCAGAAAGUUUGUUUGAUUGGUUGUUAAUUGUGUUGUUGGGCUGUUUGUUUUGUUGUUUGUUUUAUGUUUUGUUGCAUAUAUGUUUUUUUAGUAUAUCCAUCAAUUUUCUCUUGUUAAAGUGGAGAAAAGUUUUCACAGAUUUUAUUUGGUCAUAACAAUCGUUCUGUUUACUUGCUGAGUAAAUGUGGUAAAUUACCUAUCUGCAAGGCGAAAUUGCAAUUAAAAUAAGCAGAAAAAGCUAAA